AUGCAGGAGAGGCGCUGCUGCUUGGAGCUAGCAGACGGGGAACAUGUGCAGCAGCAACAACAACAACAGCAGCAGCAGCAGCAUUUGGAGCAGCAGCUCAGGCAUUUGGAGCAGCAGCAACAGCAGCAGUUGCAGAAGCAUCAGCAGCAGCAGCAGCAGCUUGAGAUACAGAAGCAGCGCCAGGAGCAGCUGCAGCAGCACGCUUCUGGAGCAGCUGCAUUUUUACACUGCGGCACGCAGCAGCAACUGCUGCAGCAGCAGCAGCAGUUUCUGCUGCUGCUGCAGCAUCAACAACAGCAGCUGCUGCAGCAACAAAAACUGAAGCACCAGCCUCAAUUUAUUGAUCUUCACAGCACCAAGUGGGCGGCUGCUGCUGCUGCAGCAGAUACUGCAGCAGCAGCAGCAGCAGCGGCAGAUACUGCAGCAGCAGCAGCAGCAGCAGCAGAUUCUGCAGCAGCAGCAGCAGCAGAUACUGCUGCAGCUGCUGCAGCAGAUGCAGCAUCAUCAGCUGCGGAGCAGCAGCAACAGGGAAACCACUUGUUGCAGGUGUGGCUGCAGCAGCAGCACCUCUCACCAGCAGCAGCAGCAGCAGCUGCUGCUGCAGCAGGGUGUAGAUUAACAACGGCUCCGCUGCCGCAGCAAGUGGCGCUGCUGCUGCAGCAGCAGCACGCAGCACUUGUCUGCCUGCAGCAGCAGCUGCUGCUGCUGCAGGAAACUCUUGCUGCUAACCAAAGCGCAGCAAUUGCAGGAGGCGUCUCCCCGUCGUCGUCGUCGUCGUCGUCUGCUGCUGCUGCUCCUGCAGUGGCAGCCCCCUGGCAGCAGCAGUUGCUGCAGCAGCAAUUGCUGCAGCAGCAGCUGCUGCAGCAGCAACUGCAGCAGCAGCUUAUUCCUCCCCCAAUGCUGUUCACUGUAAAUCUUUCUAAUCUGCUGCUGCAGCAACAGCUAGUCGCGCUGCAGCAGCCACCAAUGCAGCAGAUGCAACAGCAGCUCCUGCAGCAGCAAUUGCUGCAGCAGCAGCUCCUGCUACAGCAGCAACAGCAGCAACAGCAGCACCAACAGCAGCAGCUGCUGAUGCAGCAGCAGCAGCAACAGCAGCAGCAGCAGCAGCAGCAGCAGCAGCAGCACAAUUCUGGGAGCUAA